AUGAACGAUCUUUUCACGAUGCAGCCUCGGCGGCCUUUUGCCGACCCUCUUGCGCACUACUCCGCCCUGUUCACUUCGGGCCUGCUCUCGCACGAUCUUCCGUCUCCUAAGCUUCCGUUCUGGAAGCAGCGCAAGACAUCACUGCCAACGUCGACUCUUUCCGUCGGCACUGCCUUCAGCAUCGUGCCAUCUCCCAUCGAGCCCGAAGAUUCUUUUUACUUCACCAUCAACCCCACACACCGUGAUUCCGGCCUAGACGUGCCCGGCGACACGAAGCCUGACGCAGUAUUGGACGAAGGAUUGAAUUUGCAUCGUUCUUUCUUAUCCCUCGACCUUGCAGACUCACAAUCCAUGCGCUCUGCGCGUCGUCGGAGCGAUGUCAGUUCAAUCUUUUUUGCACCCCCGCCUUCACCGCGCAUUGAGACCCCUAUGCUCGCCAUCCCGGAGCCUGAGACUCCAUUAGUCAGUUCACAACCCCGCUUGCCAAUGCCCUCGCCUCGUCUCGUUCCCAUUCCACCAUCUCCUGCCCCCUCGCAUACACCUCUACCUUCGCCACGCCUUGUCACUCAAGCUUUGCCAAAUACAGUCCCGUCCUACUCUCCUGCACCUUCACGACUCGGUGUACGCGCUCUUUCUCCGUUACCUUCACCGCUCCUCUCGGCAACUCCGGCCCAAAGUCCGGCACCUUCUCCCCGUCUUCUUUCUCCUCUUCAGUCUCCUCUUCCUUCGGCGCGUCGUUCAUCUAGAGAGCCCCUCCGGCCCUUACCAUUGCCGAAGCCCGCGCCCUCGUCGAUCCUUCCCGAGCUCCCAGUGGCACGCUAUGGUUCUGCACCGUCCACUCCCAUCUCCGCCCCCAAGCGCCCGAACGCGCGUGCACUCACUCCCCUUGUCACUUCGUUUGGUUCUCCGUUGGUCUCGCCUGCGUUCCACCGUUCUCCCUAUGUCACCGCACCUGAGCCAUCACCGUCGCUUCUCCCAUACGUCAAUUCACCUGUGCCGUCUCCCGGCCUUUCGCCAUAUGUUGCUUCUCAUCGUCCUAUCGCCCCCGAGCCGACAUCUCCGUUGCCAUCCCUCUUUUCUCCCACAUUCAGCGUUCCGUCCGUAUACUCGCAAAGCACUGGCGCAGCAUCGUUCUAUCCCCGUCGCACGUCGCACGUUUCUUUUGCCUCCAACGUGACUUCCGUGCGCACGCCCAGUAAGCGUCUCGCAAACCGCACAGAGGCAUUGGCUGCCCUGGAAGGGCGCAUACGCGACCGUGCGCGGACACGUGAGAAGGCGAAGGAACGGCGAAUUUCAAAGCAUAGUGACUUCAUGAGCUUGAGCGACGACGAAGACGAGGACGAGGCCGAGGCCAACAUCAUGGAAGAAAAGGAGGGUGAUGAGAAACGACAGGACUCGCGAGAAGAUCAAAAAAGGCCCGUGCCUAUGGAGGAUGAGGAUCGUGUUCUCCCCGUCUCACCACUUCCUCCAGCACACUCGCCCUUGCCAUAUCACUCGCAAGGAGGGCCCCAGGUUCAGGCCCAGGCCCAGCCAGAACCUGCACGCACACCGCCUCUUCCCCGCCCGCCCAAGGGCCGCAGACGCAGAAGUACGAUGGAGUCAUGGUUCCCGCUCUCGAAUUUCCUCGACUUUCGAGACGACGAGCUAGCUGGCUGGCGCGGUGUUGUGGAAAUAGCUAGUGCGCUAUGA